AUGGACUGGGAGAGUGACAUUCAAUCCUGCGAGGGCGAAGGGAAUGACUGCAGUGAUGAAGGAGGCGAGGAAGAAGACGAGGACACGGAUGACCAGGAGUGCAAAUCUGAAGAUGGUGAGAGGCUCGGUGAUCUGGAUAACGUGGAGAUAGGACUUCACGGUGAGGGCGAUGACCAGGACCAGUCUGAGUUUGAGGACAACGAAGACGACUACCAGUCCUACUACUUGUACUAUCAUGAUGUCACGGUGACAUGCGAGUCCUUUCCAACCCAUCGGCUCCUCAACCGUUUCAACUUGAAGGCAUCCGAGUCAUUCAAGUUCAAGUUCAAGUUUGCUGCGGCCGCAGUCCGUUCGUCCAUUGAUCAUGCCAUCAUGAUCAUCGCGAUAAAGCCCACACACGAGCCUGACUGCAGCAGUGGGAGGCUUAGCUUGAAUGGGGUGCAGCUCAGGCGAGCCUGCCAGGAUAUGUGGCAGGAGGCAGCCAUCACUGGCCGUUACUCGAGUAACAUCGAGGUUUGUGAAAUGAGCAAGCAGCCUGAACUCAGUUGGAGUGUUCAAGUUCAAGUUGCCCUUGUCUUCCAAGUCCGAGUCAGACUGUCCAUCUACUAG